AAAAAUCUUUUUUUUAAAAAAAAAAAUAAACCACUUCUUCUACACCUAAGGUGAUGGUAUACCCUCGGUACUUAUCUUAAAGCGUGAUGCUUGCGGUGGCAAAGCAAGGCUGAAUACUUGUAGGAGACCGUGUUUAGCCCAUAGAAAGUAAACCUGAGCAUGUACUACCCGUGCUGGGAAAAGAAGCAACACUUGGAAUGGAACUUUGAACCUGUUGGAACUUGGCGACAGUUACUGGCCUCAGGCUCCCAGGUUGCUGAUUUUUAUCAAAUCAUUUGACACGAUGAAGUUUUUUUUAACACCUUGGUUUCUUCCUAUUGUGUACGCUUCUAUCUGUACAAUAACUACAACGGGUGUCAUUUUAUAUUAUCGUGUACUCUUCAUUUUCUCUAUUUUACCAUCUUAUGGAUCAUAUAUCCAGGCCCAGUCUUUCGAUAGACGUACUCAGUCAAUCCAUGCGAACGUAUACAAAGUACCGAUAGGUACACCGAGGCUUUCCAGUUCAACCACUCGGCUGCAGUGGCUGUCGAUCCCUACUCUCUCAUCGGAAGAUAUGGUCAUCUACUGGGCCCAAUCAGCUUGCGUCAUUGAUUCAAGAGUAGUAAUGAUCACACUCCAUGGGACUGGCUAUGGUGGCAGAUGCUCGGUCAUUAUGACUGCACCUACAAAUGGCCUCGAGCCAUUCCAAAUCUCAAUUGCUGAAACUUUCUGGAGGGUGUCGCUACUGACAACAGACUUUGAAGUUUACUCACAAGGGUUAACACAUGCUCACGAAGAUGCCGCUUCUGAGUGCAGGCUCUGCCAUAUGGCCAAUGAUCUGGCGCAGGUGAUUCUGUGCGAUAGUUGUCCCUUCGAGGCUCUACGCUAUACCGGAUCUUCCUGAUCCAAACCAUUGGGAAUGCCGAUCAUGGCCCACUGACCCCAACUGUGGAUCAGCGUAGAACAGGCUGCGUACGGCAGUAAAACCAUACCCGACUAAUACCCACAGUAUGCUUUUACGGGUUAAUUAUGAGUGCGUACCAAAAGAUGCUUAACCCU